AUGGCUACAGAUCCGUCCGUCGGAGGAGAAGCUGCAGCACCUCCACCUGCCGCUGCACCGACGCCAGCAGUCUCCCUACUCGGAGUCAUCGGUCCGUUCGACCCCACUCAGGAGGAAUGGCGAGAAUACGCGGAGAGAUUGGUCCACUACUUCGUCGCGAACGACAUAGCGUCCGAAGGGAAACAGCGUGCGAUUCUGCUCACCGCCGUGGGACCCGGAACCUACCGCCUCCUGAAGACUCUAGCGUCCCCGAAGAAGCUGGACGAACUGACAGUCACCCAGCUAGUUGACUUGGCGUCCAAGCACUACAACCCGAAGCCGUCUCCCAUCGUCAAACGUUUCGAGUUCAACUGCCGCUCACAGUAG